UUUCAGUGUUCCACAAUUGUCUCUUAUAAUCAAAUAUGUUGUGUAACUUCGGAAGAUUAAGACCCUCUCCCUAGCCUAGGCAGAAAGUUAGAUUCUAUACCCGUUACCAGUUAGCUAUUCAUUACAAUUACAGACUUUCGCUACAUUGAUGAGUAAUAAUCGAUUUUGAAUUGCUACGUGAAAUGCACGCACGCGAUAUCCCGGGCGCAAACUCAUCGCCCUUACAAUCGAUGCACCUGAACUAUCGUAAACAGUCGUUUACAAUCUGUUCACGAAUAUGUAUCCCUCCAUUCGAAGUCAGACCGAUCAAUCGCGAAAUCCAAAUUACAAGGAAGACAUUAUUUACGUGACGAAACACAAUAAAUGGAUUCUGAAUUGCAUCGGAAUAUGGCCCACUGUGUUAAAAGGCAUGAGUAAAUUUUUGCCAAAACUCGUAAUCGGAUUCAGUAAUCUUAUGCCAUCUUUCAUCAUAGUACAGUGUGUGCUAUACAUUGUAUUGGAAGAAAAGAAUCCUUUAUUGAGACUGAGGUUCUGUUCCUUGGCUUGGUAUUCUUUAAUCAACCUGAUGAAGUAUUGGGCUCUGAUAGCGCGCAAACCGGAUAUCGAAUACUGUAUCAAAUGGAUGCAGACAGAUUGGAAACAGGUAGAGUUUCAAAGAAAUCGUAUGCUUAUGCUAAAAUAUGGAAAAAUUGGUCGAGAUCUGACCAUAUACAGUGCCGUGUUCAUGUACAGCGCAGGCAUGUGCUAUACUACCAUCAUGCAGUAUGGAAUGAGAAUGAGCCUGAAGGAAAAUAAUCGUACCCUCAGAAUAUUAGUGUAUCCUACAUAUAGUGGACUUUUCGACAUCCAAAAAAGUCCCGUAUACGAAAUCGUGUACGUUUUCCAAUGCAUAUACGCAUUUACGUGCAUCUCUGUGACAGUUGGGUGUUGUGGGCUGGCUGCGCUGUUCGCAACACACGCCUGUGGACAGAUUGAUGUCGUUAUAUCUCAAUUAGAUGAUCUGGUCGAUGGAACAUUCUCCAAGAAAAGUUCUAACCCGGACACUCGGCUGAUGGAAAUCGUAAAACAUCACAUAAGAAUUUUAAAAUUUUCUGCAAUGAUUGAGACGGUUCUGCAGGAAGUGUGCUUUUUCGAUUUUAUUGGUACCACGUUGCUAAUAUGCUCGCUCCAAUACCUUUGUAUAACGGAUUUACAACACAAUAAUAAAAUUGGUCUGGCAACAUAUUCGAUGCUACUAAUAGGAUUCACGGUUAAUAUGAUGUUGCUAUGCUAUAUUGGCAAUCUUCUAAUGGAAAAGAGUACUAGCGUCGGAAUAUCCUGUUAUAUGAUUGAGUGGUACCGCUUACCAGGCAAGACAAUGCAAGGUCUCAUUUUGAUCAGCGCCAUGUCGAAUAGCCCGGCGAAAAUUAGCGCCGGCAGAAUAUUUCUUUUAUCUCUGCCUGCUUUCGGAAAUAUUUUGAAGACAUCAUUCGCGUACUUAAAUUUUGUCCGGAAUACCAUUGUGUUAUAAUCUAAUAAUUAUUCGGUUAUUUCCAUGUAUCCAAUUGUAGAAUAGUAAAUAAUGCAAUAUGUUGUAAUAACAUUCCUUGCUACAUAAAUAU